UAUAAGACACAUUAACGCCAUAGAGAGAGCGUCAACACAAUAGACAUAUCCUCCAUACUUCUUAUCUUCUUUGGAAAAAGGAAUCCAUGGAGAACAGAAACGAUCAUGCUCAAGAUCAGCAGAAGGGUAAUGGAAACGAUGAAGAACCAGUCAUCAACUAUAGAGGAAUCAAAGCUAUGCCCUUCAUCAUUGGAAAUGAGACAUUUGAGAAGCUUGGAACUGUUGGAUCUUCAACAAACCUUGUGGUUUAUCUGAACACAGUUUUUAACCUCAAGAGUGUGACUGCUACUACUCUUGUUAAUGUCUUCAAUGGCGCCACAAAUCUUGCUCCUUUGCUUGGAGCUUUUCUCUGUGAUACUUAUUUUGGACGAUACAAGACUCUGGGUUUUGCUUCUGUGGCCUCCUUUUUGGGAAUGUCGGCACUAGCUCUGACCGCAGCAAUCCCCAACUUGCACCCUCCAAAGUGUGUAGGAAAAGAAAGCAGCCUGUGUGUAGGCCCAACAGUUUGGCAAUUGGCAUUUCUUCUCUUUGGCUUUGGGCUCAUAGCCAUUGGAGCUGGUGGAAUCAGACCUUGCAAUCUAGCCUUUGGAGCAGAGCAAUUCAAUCCCAACACUGAAGCAGGCAAGAGGGCUAUGAGUAGCUUCUUCAAUUGGUACUACUUCACCUACACAUUCGCUGUCAUGGUUUCAGUCACUGGCAUUGUCUAUGUUCAAUCUGACGUUAGCUGGGCUAUUGGUUUGGCCAUUCCUGCAUUUCUCAUGUUCCUUUCUUGUGCUGUCUUCUUCCUGGGAACAAGAAUUUAUGUUAUUGUGAAACCUGAAGGCAGCCCCAUCACUAGCGUGGUUCAAGUGCUUGUUGUUUCCGUAAAGAAACGAGGCCUAAAGCUUCCUCAGAACCCUGCUCUUUCCCUUUUCAACUAUGUUCCUCCCAAAUCUAUCAACUCCAAGCUCCCUCACACUAAUCAAUUCAGAUUCCUCGACAAGGCUGCAAUCGUUACAGAAAAAGAUGAAAUAAACUUGGAUGGCUCAGCUGCUAAUCCUUGGAGACUUUGCAGUGUUCAGCAAGUUGAAGAAGUGAAAUGUAUGGUGAGAAUAAUUCCAAUCUGGGCAUCAGCUAUAAUCUACCAUGUUCCCUUAAUUCAACAACAGACCUAUGCAGUUCUCCAAGCUCUCCAGCUUGACAGACGUCUAGGUACUGGAAGUUUUGAAAUUCCUGCUGCAACAUUUAUAAUCUUUACCAUGCUUGCUCUCACAAUUUGGAUUCCCAUCUAUGAUCGAAUCCUGGUUCCAUUUCUUCAGAGACUAACUGGCAAAGAAGGUGGAUUCACACUUCUCCAAAGAAUGGGGAUUGGAAUCCUUCUUUCAGUUCUUUGUAUGUUCGUUUCUGGAUUGGUUGAAUCACACAGAAGACAUCUUUCUUUUACUAAGCCAACUCUAGGAAUUUCCCCGAAAGGUGGUGCUGUAUCAUCAAUGUCUUGGAUGUGGCUAGUGCCUCAACUUUCACUUGCUGGACUUUCUGAGGGCUUCAAUUAUGUUUCCCAGAUUGAGUUUUACUACAAACAAUUCCCUGAAAACAUGAGAAGUAUUGCAGGAUCUUCCUUCUUUGCUGGCCUAGCGUUAGCAAAUUUUCUCAGUGGUUUCCUUGUUUCCACCAUCCACAAGGUUACUGCAGCAACUAAAUCAGGAGAUUGGUUGUCUGAGGAUCUUAACAAGGGGAAAUUGGAUCAUUUCUAUUAUGUAAUUGGUGUUUUAGGGAUACUAAACUUGGUAUAUUUUCUGCUAUGUUCUAAGUGGUACAGAUAUAAAGUUCGUGAGGAUGAUGGGACUGUGGAGAUGUCCAAGAAAACAAAGGAAUCAGUGAGGCACCAUGUGUGAAAUGGGCUUAUACAGUCUCUUGAAAUCUGCAGUAUCAUAAAGGAUAAUUUCUCUUUGAUUUGCUGCUUCAUACAUAAUAUUUUCAUGUUUCCUCUUGUAUUUGCGUACAUCAGAAUUUAAUCAAGAUUUUGUUCCUUCCCUGUAUCAAUGCAGAUAAAUUAGUCCUGCUGCUUCAGCUUA